CACGAACCGGUGUGUUUCAUCGUAAAGCAGCGUAUAACUUUCAUAUACGGAUCUCUACACGAAUUGAGUGCAUCGUUCGGCUGAUUAGAGACAACUCGAAAGAUUGAGCCGAGCAAAGGGGGAUCCUCUGAACAUGUCGCUGCUUAGCGUAACGGUGAAGAAGGCGCGCUUCGUCUGCGAGGAUGCGGAUCAGUUCAACUCCUAUGUAACGUUGAAGCUGCAAAACGUGAAGUCAACGACAGUUACUGUGAAAGGGGCCAAUCCAUGCUGGGAACAAGACUUCCUCUUCGAAACGAAUGACAUGAAUGCCGGGCUCGUGGUGGAGGUAUGGUGCAAGGGAUUCUUGUGGGACCGCUUUCUGGGCUACUACUACAUUCCACUAUCAGAGGUGUCCUACAUGAACGAGGUAACGAGAAAUCAGUGCAACUUAAGUCGUACGGCAGAGAUACAAGAUCGACAAUCCGAACAGUCCGAUAUGUGUGACACCAACAGUAACACACAGCCAGACAUCAUCACUGACACGGAAACUACUGGACAGUGGAUCAAUCUCGGCCUGGAACUGGAGCAGAGGGGCAACGAUAUCAUCGGCACGAAGAAACCGACGGGCCAUUCGCUUCUGAUCGACUGCCGGCUGGAGCUGCCAUAUGGAAAGCGCGUACAACGAACUGGAUGGAAAGCCCUGCUAACGAGCAAAACAGCAAUGCAGUUGCGAGCAGCCCGGCCCAUGUGUGGCUCAGACGCCGAGAACGCGGAUGCGGCCGAUCUGCAGAGGAAGCUGGAAAUGCUGAACAACAUGAUGGACCAGGAGGCGCGGGCCGAACAGGCACGAAGGCAGAUAUUGUACAAUAUAGGCCACUCGGGGUACUCGGAGGACUCUGACUACACGUCGGAUUUGAAUUAUCCAGUAGGUGGGCAGGGUGCGAACAGCUCGGCUUCGCAGUUUCGUACGGCAGCUAAUCAGUUGGCUACACCUCAAAGGUCCCUCGAAACGUCGAGAGAAAAUAGUUACGAGAGAGACGAUCAUCAGAUUCCAGUCACCGUUGGAGGAAGGUUGGCACCUAGUAAUUACGGAAGUUAUGGAGGUUCAGGCCACAGUCCGAGGUACGACGAGCCAUAUCCAGAGGAUGGUCUGCCGCAGCGAUACUUGCAGGCCCAGCAACAUCCUUCAGAGUCUUCCGAGCCACUCUUCUAUAACAGUAGACCGAAGCACUACAAGGAAUACAGACGACGGAAGCACACGUGGGAUUACGAGGACAGCCAAGACGGCUGGUACAGCGAGGGUACCUACGAUUAUCCGAGGAUCGAUGAUACAAGAAUUUAUAGCGAUACUGAAUAUUAUUCAAACAACACGACGACUACCACAAGAAGAUUGAAAGGAAAAGUUCCAUACAGAAGACCGUCUCUGGAGAGACAGAUGACUCUAUACGACGAUCAUUCGUAUUACACUGAUGGAUAUAGCAGCGAUGGUAGAGUGGGUAAAAUGAGCGCCACAUAUCCAGAAUGUGAGACGGAUAUUAGGUAUAACGAAUACUACGACACCAUAACGGGAUACGUAUAUCAGGAUGAGAGAUAUGGUCAAGACGACGAGGACAGGCAGUGGGACAGUGGAGGGAAGCGAUUCUUGGGAACAAAUACAUAUUAUGAAAAUAAACGAAACAGAAAGACGCUUCCGCAAAGGCCGGCUUCGAGCAUCGGUAUACACCGGCCGGAUUACAGACCCACUGUUACCAGACAACGUAGUUACGAAUCGGAUGAGCUCGAUUAUAACGGAUAUAAUACUCGUCGCCGGAAGAUCUUGCAGCCGCAGCAACGUCCGAUGUCGCGGCAGGAGGGCGGCACCGGUAAGAAACUACCUCCGACCCCGACCAAGCCGAGCAACGUGGUGAUCAGCCGUAAGCUCGCCUCUCUGCCUGCUACGCCGAGCAGACAACUGCCAAAGACCAGAACGCCCUCCGAGGAGAGCUAUUAUAAAUCCGAUUAUAACGAGGACUAUAAUUACGCUUAUCGUAGUCAGGACAAUCUGCCGCAGGACACAUAUACAGAGAACAUUUACAGUCAGCAGCAGAGCGGUCAAACCGAUCAAUCCGUUAACAAGACUCGAUAUCCCGAGGUAAAUCAAGAUAAUCAAUAUGGUUAUACAACGCAGGUCGAUGGCCAAUACGGUCAAUCGUAUCCAGAGCAACAUACGCAAAAUAGCUAUGAGCAGCCAACGGUGUAUACGCAACAGAACUCAUACAAGGAUGAGUACCAACAACCUUACGCGCAGCAAAACACUCAAGCGUAUCAGGGAGCGUAUCUGGACACGACAUAUCCAAUUGCCAGUCAGGCGAACGAUCACCAGUACGCGAAUCAAGCGAAGAAUGAGUACGAUAAGCCCGAUGGUAUGAUAAUCGAAGACAAUUUUCACGAGAUGGGCUUUAAUCAGAACAAUGUUCAGUAUCAGCAGUCGGAGUACAAACAACAAGACGUUUAUCAGGAGCAAUACAAUGAUUAUGAUUCUACCGUAUCGACGAGCGUUUAUGAUCAAAAUAACGUCACGAACACUUAUAAUCAGUAUCAGCCGCAGCAGUAUGACUCUCAAUACAAUAUUAAUACGUCGACCGAUUAUGAAACACCUUAUCAAGAGACAUAUAAUCAAGUGCCUGUUACAUCGCAGGAUAAUUAUCAAGAAUCCUAUACGAAGCAGCCGCAAGAAGAUUUUGUAGAUUAUCAAACGCCGUACAGUAAGCAGAACGACGUGCCUACGACGUAUAAAAAUAACUAUCAAGAAACUUAUCAAGAUUAUUCAGAGUCAUAUGAUGAAUAUCCAGAUUCGUAUCAAGGAUCUUUCGAGGAACAGCGUUACAAAAAUGGUUCGGCGACAGCGACGGACAGAAGACAGAGCGAAGUGCCUGAGCUAUCUGUGACCACGCCACGAGGUCAGACGAGAACGAAUGGUUAUCCGUCAAAUGAGUCAGAAUAUCUCUAUCAGUCUCAAGAGAAUGAGCUCGAGAACAGUUCGAGAAGAAAGAAGAUCGACGGUAAACGUGAGCCCAGCCCGCUUCUCCAGCAGAAUACGGAUUCGCUCGAGUCGAGGGACGACGAACUGAAGGACUCGUUCGAUACCGCCGUGAGUUCUGUCGGUAGCAGUCAACUCAAGAAGGUAUACAGCGAAUACUCGACGACAGGUGACUCGAGCCCCGCGCCCGCCGCUUUGGUGGAAUCUCCUCAGAUCAUCGCUCAAUCACAGACGACAACGAUGGUCAAUCAUGUGACGGACAAUCACAUAACCACCACUGUGAUGGUCCACACCACGAACAUCGUGAACGGAAAACGACCAUUGGCCAGAACAGAUUCCUACCAAGAGGAUGUUAUCGAGGACGAAGACUAUCCGGAGAUUAUUCCUAAGGAAACACAGAGAAAGGAUUCGCAGUUGUCGCAUCAGAGUCAGCAUUCUCAAUCAACGCUCUCACAGAAACCGAAACUCACGAGAGGGGACUCUUACGUCUCAGAUAAUUACACCGAGGAAUCUUAUAGUCAUACAGGACCAUACACUCAAUUGCAAAGAAAGAAUUCCUUCUCGUCGACCACUGAAGGAUUCAAACCGCCUCUCACUAGGACCGAUUCGUAUCAGCAAAGAGAUCUACGAGGUAGCAAUUAUGGGCAUAACUAUACCGCGCCGCAGCCUAUUUCCAGAGCGGAGAGUUAUCAACGCGGUCACUUCAAGGAUCAGGAGUCGCUAGAUCAGAGUGACAUCGUUCUGAGCAACGCGGUGAACGGUGACUAUCAGAUGCGGGACGAGUCUCUUGAGAGGUACGAACGGGAUGAAGAAGUCUUGCGUCGUAACUCUCGAGAGGACUCACUGGUCGAUCAGUACAAAGGAACUCCGCCGUUGUCACAUAUCGAAAGCCCGCGUGGGAGUAUAAUAAAGCAGGCAUCAUUGGAUGAAAGCGUUCAGAUGGACACUCCGCCGAGAAGUCCGCCAGAGCCGCCAGCCGACGAGGAACUUCUCGGGAUGGUCGCACCGGUACCCACGCAACUGAAGGAACGCCCAGAAAUGACGGCGAGGCAGCGGUGGCAUUGGGCGUAUAAUCAGAUCAUCAUCCAGCUAAAUGCGGGGCUGUUUGCUAUGAAGUCAUCGUUAUCUUCAAAAAGUGUGAGUCGUGGCGAGAAGGAAAGUAAGGAGAGACUCUCGAAGAAAAAUCUUCGCGAGCCGCGAGCGAAAAUACGUCGAGGAUCAUCUUUGUCUGAUCUAGAUAAGCUUCAGAAUAAGGCAAUUCUACCAGAUGUUGUCAAGUCGACGGAGCAAUGCUCUGAGUCGCUUCCACAUUCGCCUGCUUUAUCCCGAACAAACCUUCAGCUGGGCAGCAGUAGCGUGAGAGGCAGUAUAGGUGAUUUGAUGAAUAUGAAGAAAUAUGGUGGAUCCACUUGGAGCGUACGAAGUGAGACUCUGAUUGCAAAAGCCGUGCCGUUGAGCACAGUAACGAUGAAGCAGAAUUCACCGAAUUCAAUCGAAAAAAGCAUGGAGGAUGAUCUCGAGGACGAGUUGCAGGACGAGUUUCCGAUCUCUGGAAAGGCAUUAACUUGCGCUCAAAGAACUCAGAGACUCAGCAGACUGAUCAAAAAGCAGAGGCGAAUAAUGGUUUUUAGUCCUAGCGUUCUGCAGAGAGAUGUGGUGAGUAUUAUAAUUUUGUCAAUUACCCCGAUAAUUGUACUGAUACUGAUGCGACAUGCGACAUUCCUGAUUACGACAGAACAACUCACAGUACUUCGUGUUGCUGCACUGUGCUUCCGACUUUACCUCAAGCCGGAAUCAAGUAGAACGUAG